UGAGACCACAGCAGCAGGAAGUGAGUCGCCAAAUUAAGGGGGAAUAUUGAAAUUAAACGCUAAAAUGUGAUUAUUGAAACCGAAGUUAAAUAAAAAUCUGUAAAUGUAGGAGUUCACUGUAGCCGGACAGAUGAGUCUUCGUGCUUUGUGGAUUAUUUCGCACGAAAAGGGAGAAAAUGCGUCAGUUCGCUUUUCAAGGAGGUUUUCCACCGUGGAGCACCGUGCAAAGAUAAUAGCCGGUUCUUCCUAUGUAGCAGUCCCAGAGGACCUCAGAGUGCUGCAGCUGCUGCUCUCUGAGCUCGGCCUUUCUGACUUGGACAAGCCCUUUGCCUCCAGAGAUGAUUGCCUUAAUAAUCAGCGAUCACCAGGCCUGGAGCUGCGUGUGGACGGCCCUGGAAAGGCACUGCUUUGGCCCGUGUUGACUAUCUCACAUGGUCCUCUCAUCCUAGCUUGCCUACCUUUAGUGGACGCCCCCCCUGAACCACGACCCCCCCUUUCUAACCUGCUGUCUGUCUCCCAGGGACUCGCGUUCCUUGCAGGUUUGCAGACUUUUCUCCUCUCCUCGGGGGGUAAAACUGACAGUGAGGGGCUGACCUCUCGCUUGGCCAUGCUGCCCUCUAUACUCUUAAAGAUCUGUCCACUUGGCACACCUCUGGAUGUGCCUCAACCUGGGGGACCUGCAGCAGCCACAGCACUUGCUCCUGCUGGAAACCAGAAGCAGCCAGCCUGGAAGACGGGGCUCCACCGUGGCAGAGCUGUGGUGAACGUAGCACUGGUAGAAACAGUACGCUCUAUGCAGUAUGGUAACCGCAGCAGACAGGACCUGUGGGAUGUUUUUGGCACUGUGACAUGCAAAUGUGAAGUUGAAGGGGCCCUCCCAAAUGUGACAGUGACCCUCACACUUCCACCGAAUGGUUCUCCACUACAGGACAUCCUAGUCCAUCCCUGUGUCACCUCACUGGACUCCAGCAUUCUCACGGCCACCAGCGUGGAUAACUAUGAUGGCUCAGCAUUCUCAGGGCCAUAUAAAUUUCCCUUCUCUCCUCCUCUGGAGCCUUUUAGACUAUGCAGCUAUACAUCUCAGGUCCCUGUUCCACCUAUCCUGGGUUUGUAUCAGCUGAAGGAAGAAGAGAACCACCUGCGUGUUUCAGUGACACUCAAGCUUCAUGAGAGUGUGAAGAACAGCUUUGACUACUGUGAGGCACACCUGCCAUUCUUUAACAGGGAUCAGAUGAGUGUUGUGGAUGUGAAGGUGAGCUCAGGGCAACUGGAGGUGUCAAAGGAGAAGAACCUUCUCGUCUGGGGACUGGGACAAAAGUUUCCUAAAUCCCGUGAGGUGACAAUGGAAGGAAAGAUCAGCUUUUCUGGGCCGACGCCAGGACCUACUGACCCUAUCUGCAUCGGACUCACAGCCUACGUUAAAUUGUAUUUCAAAGUGCCGGACUUGACGCUCUCUGGAUGUUGUGUGGACCAGCAUUCAGUUCAGGUUUACUCCUCUGCCAAACCACGCAUUGUAACAUCUCGAGAACUUCUAUCCAAAGAGUACUUCCUGUGGAAUUCAACAGGAACUGCUCCAGUAUCAUCUGGCCAGAUGAUGCUGUGACAUCUGCAGCAUUUAAAAGGACUUAUGAUAUGAAACACAGUGGACCAUGCUGGAAAUGUGACCUUUAAAACCCAUUUGUUACCAUCCCGUUGUUACUGAAUCUCUCAGAAUAGGAAAACUGUCAGCAACAUUAAAGUUUAGUAGCAUUACAGUUUGCAGUGUGCAGAUUCCUACUAGGAAGAUUGAUUCCACUGAUGGAUGGAAACUGUUUUCUUUCAAAUACCUUUCCCUGCAGCCAAACCUCUUUCAUCCCCUAACCCUCACCCUCCCUCAGAUUUAUCCCAUUGCAGACACAAGGGCCACCCCUCGCUCCGACAGUCCCACUUCAGUGACUUUCCAUCAGCCGGAUAAUUAGCAGCUGGAGCCUUGUCAUCAGCUGUUGUGAGUCUGGACGAGAGGGGCGGCCGGGCUGUGAAAGGCCAGGCUGCUCUGGCCAGUGUCUUGGCUACAAAAGGCUCCUCUUUUAAAGCUGGCAGGAGUCCUUUCCAGCCCCCCCCUCACCCACCCUCCCCCUUUUUGACCCCAUCCCCUGCCCUGUCAACUAGUGGCUAGUUCAAACACACAACAACUCUGAGCCAAUUGUGAUUGAGCGCUGACCCUCUGGCCUUAUGAGACUUGAAAGCAGCCGGUCCCAUUCAGAGAGCUGGACCUGCCUAAUUGGUGAAAAAGUCACAAGGAUGGAAGUCACAAAGAUGGCUACCCUCUUAAAGUUGCAGAGGUGCUUCAACUCAAUUAAUGUGGAGCUUAAAGCUCCUGGUUUUCUCUGAUCAUGAAAAAAAAUAAAUUUAAUACUGAUGCAUUUGUACAACCCACAGAAGCAAACAAGACCAACAAAGAUGUAAUAAGUAAUUUCUCCACAGUUUCUCCACAGUUCCUGAAUAUGUGGUUGUGGGGUAGGUAUCAGCCAAAGUGAGUGAAGAAACAACCUUUAUUUACAUUUUCCUUAAUAAAUACUCACAGAGAGAUACAGUUGUGGUACAGCUUUGUCCACAGGGGGUGACAAAAUUGUCAUGAACUGUUAUUUCCUCACAGAAGCUUUAAGCCAGUUAUUAUCCACCUUAUUUCCAUCUCCCAUCAUACCUUACUUUAAUUCUGGUUGUGGCUUUUUAGUGCCUUUUGGCAAAUCAGCAUUUUCUAUAGCAAUGAGAUGCUAAUGCUGAUUUUUAUAGAAAUUAAAAUAUGUGAAUAUCAUCUGUUAAACCUCAAACCGGGUAAUGUGAUUAUUCCUCUGCUUUUUGCUAUGAAUGGAUGAGAAGACAAUAUAAUAUGAAAUAUAAAGAAACUACCUCAGAUAAUGUACAAGUGUUUUCAGUUACCUUUAUCAGCUCCACAUCAGUAUUUAGACUGUAAAAGGUUGGUCACAUUUUGUCAAAGGAAGUGGGGAAACAACUUUAUAAACUUGUAAACAGAUGUAGAGCCAAUCAGAGCCUUAACGUUUCUCUCACAUCAAAAUACCAGGGUUUUUAUUUCAAUGUAGUUUGCUGUGCUGUUAACUAAAAGUGUAUUGUUACAGACACAUAUAUAGUACAUUCAAAAAGUAUUUUAUUUUUUAUUUUUUUGCACUGUCUUCAACUGAGGUUUAUGGACUUACUGUUUGUUACAAAUCUGCUUUUACUUUGAAAGGAUAGAAGGAGUUUUUGAAGAUGGAUGGAAAUGAACUUAACCAUGGAAAAGGGAACUUGUCAUGGAUUGAAAUGGAAACGGGAACAGCUUA